AUGGGUCCUAAAUCGAGCCCAGUUCCAAAACCCAUGUGGGGCCCAUAUGGGUCCCACAUUCAGCCCAUAUGGGUUGCCCAUAUGGGACCCACAUGGAGCCCUGUUGCAAAACCCAUGUGGGGCCCAGAUGGUGCCUUCAUGAAUGAGAGGUACAAGCACGGGAUAGAGACAUCUCAUCAUCAUCACUGGAACAUCAACUUCCUUCCUCAUGCAAAACAGAGGGAUGGAACAUCAUGCGGUGUCUAUGUUAUACAGUUUGUCGAGAACUACUUAGCUGGGAAGUCCUUGAAGUUUACCUGGACAAAAAAGGAUGUGGCCGAGAAGAGAAAGUACAUAGGGAGUCUUCUAGCUGCUAGAAGUGUGACGGAUUUGAAUUCCACGGAUGAGCAAGUUGCAGAUUGGCAGAGAGACAAUGCUGAUAACGGUCAAGAAAUAAUCAGCCCUGAAGAAGAUACAAACAGCAACAAUGAAGGAGUUGAGAGGAUGUCCUCUUUUUACUAUCCCCAAAAUAGGCCUUUGAAGAAAACCAAAACAGAUGUCCUCUGUGUUUGUGAACAUCCAAAUGAAGGAAAUAACUGGCAUUGUGAUAUCUGUAAGCAACAGUUCCAUCAUGGGUGCUUUAAGAAAGAUGUAGUCCACACAGAUGGUGGUGUAUCAAUUUGUCCAAAUUGUGACAAAGAGCUGCAAAAGGUGAUGAAACAUUUACAAGACAUUGUGAAGUGCGAGAAGUCAGUCUGGAGUGGAAAUGAUCGGUUGCCGAUAAACGAAGCAAUUCAAGGGGAACUUGUACAAAGUUAUCGCGACAAAGGAUUUGCUCAUUUUGCCGAGUUUGUUCUCAACAGAUGUGAAGGUUUGAAGGAACUGUCUGCAAACAAUUCUGGAAUAAUGGCAACGUUACAACAUAUGUGCAAGAAACUUCUUAAACUACAGAUUGAAAUUGCAAGGGGAAUGCUAGAAGAGCAAAUCAGACAACAGACGGGUAAUGAGUGGAAAAAAAAGAUGUCACGUGAGCUGCAGAGUGAGGUCCAAUAUAAUCUGAAUCAAUAUAAGGAGUCCCCCAGAUGUAACUCAUCCAGAAUUUUGACGUGUCAGCAUGUGUUUUUGACAUCUUUAGGAAGUUUUAUUCACAGGACCCUUAGUUGUUUGGUAGCUGCUCUUUCCUUGCAAAGGGCAUUGGUCAUGGAUGCAAAGGACCCUAAAUUUAUUCCAACGAAUUGGGAAAGUUAUAUGAAUUUAAAACAUAGGCAACAGUGGCCUUGUUCGAUGUCAAAUUCAAUGGUCAUCAACAAUGAGAAAGACAUUGCAACGUAUGCUUCAUUUCAAGAACUGACGAUGCACGCAAAGGGACAUUCAAUCACGAAUCCAAUGGAAAUUCCAAAUCAUUUGGCCAGCAAAUUGUUUUCCUUCAACAAACACCCGUCUGCUUGGUGGAUAGGAGUAAUGGCUGAAUACAUCAUGCUAGGAAAUGAUAAACUUUCGAGAAUAUUUCAGGACGCAGUUCAGACAAUGCCGUUCACAUCCCCAGUUGUCGGGGUGCACGUAAGAAGAACGGACAAGAUUGGCACAGAGGCGAAGUUCCAUGCAUUAGAAGAGUACAUGAGACAUGUGGCUGAUUGGUACAGUGCAUACGAGGCAGUUCACGGCCGUGUUGAGCGCAAGGUUUAUUUGGCGUCGGACAACGUCGAAGUUCUCUCCGAAGCCGAACAAAAGUUUGUAAAGAUUCAAAUUGAUCCAUUGUCUAUUUGGGUUUGA